AUGGUUUCAGCAUCCAAAGCCGCCCGUGACGCCAAGAGGGCCGCAGAGGGAAAGCCUGCGAAGAAGACGGUCGCCAGCCGCUCCAAGGCGGGGUCAAAGACUGCUUCUGGUGCCUCCUCUGUCGCCGGUGACGAAACCCCUCCACUUCUCGAUGAUGAGGGAAACCCCCUCCCAGAUGAUGACCAGCCUGCAACUUCCGGAAAGAAGAUGGACGAAGUCAAGAGACUGGCAGCCCAGAUGGACAAGCAUGGUCUCUCCGACCGUGUCACAACUGGUGUUCUCAGCUCGCUGAAGCAGAGUAGAGAUGUUAAGAUUACUUCCGUCUCCCUCGUUUUCCACGGCCGUGUCCUCCUCACCGAUACUACUAUGGAACUCACAUAUGGUCGCCGAUAUGGUCUCCUUGGUGAGAACGGUUGCGGAAAGUCAACUCUCCUCAAGGCUAUCGAUAAGCGCGAAUACCCUGUCCCAGACCACGUCGAUAUCUACCUGCUCAAUGAGGGUGCACCACCAAGUGAUCUUGGUGCCCUCGAGUGGGUCGUGAAGGAGGCAGAGAAUGAGAUGGAAAGACUGGACAAGUUGGCCGAGCAGAUCUUGGAAGAUGAUGGACCAGAGUCACCUCUUCUCAUGGAUCUUUAUGAGCGUAUGGAAACCAUGGACCCCUCUACCUUCGCCACCCGUGCUUCGCAGAUUCUCACCGGUCUCGGAUUCAACAAGGUUACCAUCAAGAAGAAGACGAAGGAUAUGUCUGGUGGAUGGCGUAUGCGAGUGGCCUUGGCCAAGGCUCUCUUCGUCAAGCCUUCUCUCCUCCUCCUCGAUGACCCAACAGCACAUUUGGAUUUGGAAGCCUGUGUGUGGUUGGAAGAAUACCUCAAGAAAUGGGACCGAACCCUCGUCCUUGUUUCCCACUCCAUGGAUUUCCUCAACGGUGUCUGCACCAACAUGAUCGAUAUGCGUCAAAAGCAACUGAUCUACUAUGGUGGUAACUACGACUCUUACUCGAAGACACGAUCUGAGCAGGAAGUCAACCAAAUGAAGGCCUACACCAAGCAACAAGAUGAAAUUGUCCACAUCAAGAAGUUCAUUGCUUCUGCUGGUACCUAUGCCAAUUUGGUCAGACAGGCCAAGUCCCGACAAAAGAUUUUGGACAAGAUGGAGGCAGAUGGUCUGAUCCAGAAAGUCGAGGAGGACCGUGUUUUCACUUUCCGUUUCGCCGAUGUCGAGAAGCUCCCACCCCCAGUUCUUUCUUUCGACGAUGUUACCUUUUCAUACUCUGGCAAUGCUAAGGACGAUCUCUACAAGCAUCUCGAUCUCGGUGUUGAUAUGGACUCCAGAACAGCCUUGGUCGGACCUAACGGUGUUGGAAAGUCUACUCUUCUCCGCCUCAUGACCGGAAAACUCUCGCCUACCGGUGGUGUUGUGUCCCGUCACACUCACUUGAAGAUGGGUGUCUACAGUCAACAUUCGUCCGAACAGUUGGAUCUUACCAAGUCCGCUCUUGACUUCGUUCGUGAUAAGUAUGCCGAUAAGUCCCAAGAUUACCAAUACUGGAGACAACAACUCGGAAAGUACGGUCUCAGUGGUGAGUCUCAGACUGCCUUGAUGGGUACCUUGUCCGAGGGACAGAAGUCCAGAAUUGUGUUUGCUCUUUUGGCUAUUGAUGGACCAAAUAUGUUGUUGUUGGACGAGCCUACCAACGGUCUCGAUAUUCCUACCAUUGACAGUCUGGCGGAUGCUAUCAAUGCUUUCACUGGUGGUGUUGUCGUUGUUUCUCACGAUUUCAGAUUGCUCGACAAGAUUGCAAAGGACAUCAUGGUGUGCGAGAACCAGACCAUUCGCAAAUGGCCAGGAUCGAUCGGAGAGUACAAGAACCACUUGCGAAAGAAGAUGAUGGCUGCUGGUGCCGUCUAA